AUGGUGAUAUCGGUCAGGCCCGGCUUCUAUAUUAGAGGGUUUUCCAGCGCCAGGACUGCUGUCAAAGACUACAGCUUGCAAGCGAAGAUCGUUAAACGGUUAUUGAACCCACCAGUAAAUCUCAGUGAGGAGGAACAGAGGGCUAGACCAACAAUUAGAAUGUGGCUUUCUCGCUGGAACGACACCAAGGAGACUGAGCGAGAAUUGAAGGAAUUCCAGGACAAGAUCAUGCAGGAUGUUCAAGUGGCUGGGACUAAAGAAAAUGAGCUGUCAGCAGACGGGAUAAAUCAAUGGCAUUUUCAUAACUCUACGGCUUCCAAGAUUACCACCCCUACGCUGUUGGUUCACGGGUAUGCUGCUUCUUCAAUGGCUUACUACAGAACUUUCAGCGGGCUGUCGGAGAAUAUUCGCGAUCUGUAUGCAAUAGACUUGCCUGCAAACGGUCUCUCGAAAGAUCUGCCCUUUAAGGCUCCAAAACAAGAACCGCAACCUCUCAAGGUAAAGUAUAUUGAUGAAGACAAGUUCAGUAUUCCCUGUGAGAUCGAUGUGCAACGGAAUAAGGAGAUAAUUGAACAUUGCGAAAACUACUAUCUGGAUAAGAUUGAAGACUGGAGAAAGAUGAAUAGAUUGGAAAAAAUAAAUCUUGUCGGACACUCCUACGGGGGUUAUCUUUCCUUCAAGUACGCUUUGAAAUACCCAUCUUCGGUUGAGAAGCUCUGUCUCGUAUCGCCAGCAGGGGUCGAGAGCAGCAUAUUUUCUAUCAACAACAAGUUCAAUGCAAAAGAGACCUAUACGCUGGACAUGGAAGAUCCUUCCUCCAAGUUUUACCUCCGUAAGCGGCAGGUGCCCGCGUUCAUAUUCAAGAACCAAUCUGACAUUCUGAGAUGGAUGGGGCCUCUUGGAGCUAAAUUAACUUGGAGCUACAUCACGUCAGCUUACAAACGUCUGCCUACCGUGGAGUAUAAAGAAUACUUAUUCGAGCUUAUCUACGGCAGAGGCGGGAUCCCUUUGACCGCGAGACAGAUCUUCACCACACUGUUCACCAGGCACUUGCUUGCGAGAGACCCGAUUAUGGACUCUUUGGAUAAGCUGCAAGCCAAGAACGUGCUGCUGCUGUACGGCCAUCACGAUUGGAUGAACAAAUUUGCCGGAUAUAAGAUGGUAGAACGCUUGAACAGUUCACGCAGAGACACGAGCGCCGAUUAUAUGGAGGUGCCCGAAGCUGGCCACAACUUGAUGUUGGAUAAUCCUCAGUUCUUCAAUAACAGUUUGAUAGAAUUUUUGUCCACUAAGUAA